ACCAGCCCAGAGCCUCCCAAAACCAACAGCAACAGCACCAGACUAGAAGACACCAGCCCAGAGCCUCCCAAAACCACCACCAACAGCACCAGACUAGAAGACACCAGCCCAGAGCCUCCCAAAACCAACAGCAACAGCACCAGACUAGAAAACACCAGCCCAGAGCCUCCCAAAACCACCACCAACAGCACCAGACUAGAAGACACCAGCCCAGAGCCUCCCAAAACCACCACCAACAGCCCCACCACUAGAACAGAAGAGACCAGACCUGACACUACCAAAACCACCAAAAGAACAGAGGAACCAACAGCGGACCCUCCCACCACCACCAACACUAGGCUCCACGCCAGGACAAGCAGUGUCACCAAGAGGGAGCGGGUAUCCAACUCUUACAAUGGACCCCAGCCUCAACAUCAGUCGUUGGUGGCAGAUGUCAGCCUUACCCCCAGCCCUGGGGCCAGUGUUGGCUCCUCUACCAACUCCUCUCACUCAGUCUUGCCAUACGAUGGACCGGUAGUCUCUCUGAGGCGGGACGUCACCAUGGCAACGGCCUCGUCUCGGAAUAAGGCGGCGACCAGACCCACUCUCCGCCGGCCCCUCAGCCUGGAUGUGACGCCCCUGCGCCUCCGUGGCUCCGAGCCAGCGCUGGACCGCAGGGUCCUACAGCCCCCUUGGCGCAGCGCUGGUGGUCCCUCCACUGCCCCCUCGCCCCCAGCACGCUCCCUCACCAGCCCCAGCCUGGGCCCCGGAGGCUGGAUGCGCCGCAGCGAGAGCACCUGUACCGUCAACAACUCCUCAAUGGGCCUCCGGGCCACCAGGGGGCGUAUGCGUCCAGCCACCUCCCUUCCCCACAUUGCCCGGGGGUUUGGAGGGGCCUCCCCGCUGCCCUUGCCCUCCACACCGCGAGGCCCCUGUCUCCUUGUGGCCCUAAGACCCAUUAACCUAGACCAGGAGAGGCAGGCCUUCUUCCAGUCUGACUAUAAAUACGACCCCCAGUUUGAGUACUCGACCCCGGAGCCCAGCACUGUGCUGGAGAAAUACAGAGAUGGAUCUGACCUCUUCCUCGCACAGGCUGUUGGGAUUAUGGAGUGUAUUCUGAGGAAGUUUGGUAACUAUGAGAACUUUGAGGAAGUGACGGGAGGAAGUAUUUUACCAAAGAGUCGAGUCUGGGCUGCUGCACGCAAGUACCUGCAGAAGGAGAACUGUGUAGGAGAGGUGGUGGUGUGUCUGUCUGAGGAGCUGCUGUCCCAGGCGGUGAUGAUGGUGGAGAGUUGUCGUCCCACUCUGACUAUCAACCUGUCUGGAGCACGACAACACUGGCUGGAGGGCAUGCUCAGACAUGAGAUAGGAACCCACUACCUUCGAGGUGUAAACAACAGCCUCCAGCCCUGGUCUACUUCCGCAGGCAGGAAGCAGUAUGGCCUCAAACCGGCCAAUCCCACGGAGGAAGGCCUGGCCAGCCUGCACAGUGUGUUGCUACGGAAACAGCCCUACCUGUGGCGUGCCGCUCUGCUCUACUAUACGGUGUAUCACGCCACCAGGAUGGGCUUCAGCCAGCUCUUCAGCCACAUCGCUCAGUUCGUCCAGGAUCCGGUGGUGCGCUGGGAGUACUGCCUCAGAGCCAAGAGGGGACAGACGGACACCUCGCAGCCUGGCUGUUUCAGUAAAGACCAAGUGUACCUGGACGGAAUCCUCAGGAUUCUACGACAUCGGAGGAACAUCGACUUCAAGAUGCUGACCUCGCUAGGCAAGGUGUCGUUUGAGGACGUGGAAAGGCUACGGCACAUCGCUGUCCUCCGCCGGACCAGAAUCCCUCACUUCAUGCAGGACCAGGAGAAAUACCUUCAGCAUCUGGACCACAUCGUCACGGUCAACGAACUGAGCGACGCUCAGCUUAGAGAACUCCUUCCCUGACCGACCGACCGACCGACCUUCAGCUGAGCGCGCUAGAUCACCUGCUGGGCGUCAACAAAGGUGGCGAUUCAACAUGUAGAAUGGUCGGGAAAUGAAUAGAAAAUGGCGGAUGAUGUUCGGUGGUCAGAGGCGUUAAGAAUGGUCACCUGCUGCUAAUUACCUCUGGUCAGCGUGGUCUGUUUUUCCCUUGACUGACUCUCUGGUCUAGACUGGCCAUCCCAUCCUUGACUGACUGACUCCCUCUCGUCUAGACUGGCCAUCCCAUCCUUGACUGACUGACUCUCUGGUCUAGACUGGCCAUCCCAUCCUUGACUGACUCCCUCUGGUCUCGACUGGCCAUCCCAUCCUUGACUGACUGACUCUCUGGUCUAGACUGGCCAUCCCAUCCUUGACUGACUCCCUCUGGUCUAGACUGGCCAUCCCAUCCUUGACUGACUCCCUCUGGUCUAGACUGGCCAUCCCAUCCUUGACUGACUGACUCCCUCUGGUCUAGACUGGCCAUCCCAUCUUUGACUGACUGACUCCCUCUGGUCUAGACUGGGCUUCCCAUCCUUGACUGACUGCCUCUCGUCUAGACUAACCCUAAUCCUCCCAAGUGUCAUUCAUCACUCUGCUGUUGGAAAGCCCUGGAAAUGAAGGCUAGUGUCCGACAGACAGAGUGUGUGGAACGAACAGAUCAACAUUCAGAUCAUAUCUACUACGCUUGGAUCAUAUUCACUCUGUCUGAGUCCUAAACGGCACCCUAUUCUCUAUAUA